AUGCCGGGAAGCUUAGAACCCCUGGAUUUAUCCGUCCAGAUUCCCUACCACUUCCGCUGCCCGAUCUCCCUCGAGCUCAUGCGCGACCCGGUCACCGUCUCCACCGGUCAGACCUACGACCGCUCCAGCAUCGAGUCCUGGGUCGCCACCGGCAACACCACCUGCCCCGUCACCCGCUCCCCGCUCCCCGACUUCACCCUCAUCCCCAACCACACCCUCCGCCGCCUAAUACAGGACUGGUGCGUCGCCAAUCGCUCCUUCGGGGUCGAGCGAAUCCCCACCCCCAAACAGCCCGCCGAGCCCUCCUUGGUCCGCUCCCUUUUGAACCAGGCCGGUUCGGCUUCCUGCCCCAACCCAUCCCGCCUCGCCGCCUUGAGGAGGCUCAAGGGACUCGCCCGGGACUCGGACAAGAAUCGCUCCGUGAUUUCCGCCCACAACGCCAGGGAGGUUCUGAUUCGGAUCGCGUUUGGCGGCGGCGGCGGCGGCGAGGAGCUGAUCCGCCUCGAGGCGCUGGCGGUCCUCGUGAUGUUCCCCCUCGGCGAGGCGGAUUGCGUCGGGAUCGCUUCCGAUCCGGCCAAGGUCGGAUUCCUGGCGAAUUUGCUGUUCCAUUCGUCGAUCGAGGCGCGGGUGAAUUCCGCGGCGAUGGUCGAGAUGGUCGUCGUCGGGGCGCGGUGCUCGGAUCUGAGAGCGGCGGUGAGCGGGGUGGAGGAGAUCCUCGAGGGAGUUGUGGAGAUGCUGCGGAAUCCGAUCCCCAACCCGCGGGCUCUGAAGAUCGGGAUCAAGGCGAUGUUCGCGCUGUGCCUGGCGAAGCAGACGCGCCACAAGGCGGUGAGCGCGGGCGCGGCGGAGACGCUGGUGGACAGGCUGCCCGAUUUCGACAAGUGCGACGCGGAGCGCGCCCUGGCGACGGUGGAGCUUCUCUGCCGCGUCCCCUCCGGGUGCGAGGCGCUUGCGGAUCACGCGCUCACCGUUCCGCUCCUGGUGAAGACGAUACUCAAGAUCUCGGACAGGGCGACGGAGUACGCCGCCGGGGCGCUGCUGGCGCUGUGCUCGGCGUCGGAGAUUUGCCAGAGGGAGGCCGUGAGGGCCGGAGUGCUGACGCAGAUGCUGCUGCUGGUGCAGAGCGACUGUACGGAUCGGGCGAAGAGGAAGGCUCAGAUGCUGCUCAAGUUGUUGAGAGAUUCGUGGCCGGAGGAUUCCGCCGGUAAUUCCGACGAUUACGUUUACAGCGAGGUCGUCCCGUUUUGA